UGCUCUGUAGUGGGAAGAUAUUUUUGGUUGACAAGGGGAAGUAAAAUAAGAAGUUACGAAAUUGCACAACAUUUCACAGCAUGCUACGAUCCACCGCCAGAUUUGCUGCCUCGUUGCAGCAAGAUGUACGAGCACUGGUUGCAGUUACCACAGCGGCCAACACGAGAUGUGCUUCACACAGUUACCAACGCCCAGCGAGCUGCACUCUGGUCAAGGCACAGGAACAGCAGCAGCGCUUUCUCUCCACUGGCCAAACUUCGCUGGCCGUAUCUACGAACGUGGACGAGGUAGAGCAAAAGGAAGGAUUUCUGAAGCGGUUCAUCACAAAAAUGGGGUGGAUCGAUAAUUCGGCGGUCCGUCUGCGUGUGUCAAGCUGCCUACUAUACGAAUCCGUCGCGGACAGCAUCAACUACAACGAAUUCUUCACGCAGUUCGACAUGCCGGACACCUUCAACACCUGGUUCCUGAUCACCGAACUGCACGUGUGGAUGCUGCUAGUCCGCUCGAUGGCCGAGGGUUCCGAGAAGGGUGCCGCCGGUCGCUACCUGCGUAACAGCAUCGUCGAGACGAUGUGGAACGACGUGACGACGCGUGCCAAGCAGCUUACCAUGGACAAUCCGUCCGUCGUGCGACCACAGAUUCAGCAGCUCUCGGAGCAAUUCCAGGCUGCGCUGAUCUCGUACGAUGAAGGCAUUUCCUUCGACGAUAAAGCACUAGCCGCCGCACUGUGGAGGCGCUUUUUAGGCGGCCGUUGCGAGGAUUAUCAAAAACUAGAGAUGCUGGUAGAAUAUGUCCGGAAACAGACCACGAUGUUAGAUCAGCUAAGUCGAUAUGAUUUCGCUAUCAAGCCGAAAGUUAAGUGGGGACCGCUGGUGGAUUCGAACCGUGGGCCCUAAACAUCACUUGUAGCGUCUCAGUGAUAAGUUAAUUAAUUCGGAAUAUCGAGCGUGUAGCUCUUUUGUAAAGUGUUAGUUAAAAGUUCAACAGCUCAGCAAUCAGCAGCGAGAUAAUAAACCAAAACGGCCAGGUUGAACACGAUCGACGAUC